GGAGCGCCUCCACUCCCAUCAUCCUAGUAACCGAGAAAAAAAAAAAACAGGGCGAGCGGCUGGAGCGACGGUGGGUGGAGUACAGGAAGCUGCCGCUGUCCUCGGCUAUCAGAUCAUGGCCCAAAUCUAAUUCCUACGCAAAAGCCACACAUAGACAAGCCGAGACUGUGGACAUCAGUGAUUUUGAACCCGUGCUUUUUUCUUUUCCCGACUGAUUUGUGGUGAUCGAGGAGCUCCAAGAUGUCUCGGGGAGUGAUCCAGCCCAGCCAGCAGAAGCUGGCCGAAAAGCUCACCAUCCUCAACGACAGAGGCAUCGGGAUGCUGACCCGUGUUUACAAUAUCAAAAAGCAAGGACAAGUUUGGAAGGCCUGCGGAGACCCCAAGGCCAAGCCCUCCUACCUGGUGGACAAGAACCUGGAGUCCGCCGUCAAGUUCAUCGUCAGGAAGUUCCCUGCCGUGGAGACGCGCAACAACAACCAACAGUUGGCUCAGCUGCAGAAGGAGAAGUCGGAGAUCCUGAAGAACUUGGCUCUCUACUACUUUACCUUCGUGGAUGUGAUGGAAUUCAAGGACCACGUGUGCGAGCUGCUCAACACCAUCGACGCGUGCCAAGUUUUCUUUGACAUUACGGUGAACUUUGACCUGACCAAGAACUAUCUGGACCUGGUGGUGACUUACACCACGCUCAUGAUUAUCCUGUCACGCAUCGAGGAGAGGAAAGCCAUUAUCGGCCUGUACAACUACGCUCACGAGAUGACGCACGGAGCCAGCGACCGCGAGUACCCCAGGCUGGGCCAGAUGAUCGUGGAUUAUGAGAACCCUCUGAAGAAGUUGAUGGAGGAGUUUGUGCCACACGGGAAGUCUCUAUCCGACGCCCUGAUCAGCCUUCAGAUGGUCUACCCCAGAAGGAAUCUUUCCGCCGACCAGUGGAGGAACGCCCAGCUGCUCUCGCUCAUCUCCGCCCCCUCCACCAUGCUCAACCCCGCACAGUCGGACACGAUGCCCUGCGAGUACUUAUCCCUGGACGCCAUGGAGAAAUGGAUCGUUUUCGGGUUCAUCCUGUGCCACGCGGUGCUGAACGGCGACGCCGGCGCCUUGUCGCUGUGGAAGUUGGCGCUGCAGAGCUCCACCUGCCUGUGCCUCUUCAGGGACGAAGUCUUCCACAUCCACAAGGCCGCCGAGGACCUCUUUGUCAACAUCCGCGGGUACAACAAGCGCAUCAACGACAUCCGAGAGUGCAAGGAACAGGCCCUGUCUCACGCAGGCUCCAUGCACCGAGAGCGACGCAAGUUCCUCAGGUCCGCCCUCAAGGAGCUGGCCACCGUCUUGGCGGACCAGCCGGGCCUGCUGGGUCCAAAGGCCUUGUUUGUUUUCAUGGCGUUGUCGUUUGCCCGAGACGAGAUCAUCUGGUUGCUUCGGCACGCGGACAACAUCCAGAAGAAAAGCACGGAUGACUUCAUUGACAAACACAUCGCCGAGCUGAUCUUCUACAUGGAGGAGCUGCGAGCCCACGUGAGGAAGUACGGCCCCGUCAUGCAGCGCUACUACGUGCAGUACCUGUCGGGCUUCGACGCCGUCGUACUCAACGAGCUGGUGCAGAACCUGUCUGUGUGCCCAGAGGACGAGUCCAUCAUCAUGUCUUCAUUCGUCAACACCAUGACCUCGCUCAGCGUUAAACAAGUUGAGGAUGGCGAGGUCUUUGACUUCCGCGGGAUGAGGCUCGACUGGUUCCGGCUGCAGGCCUACACCAGCGUGUCCAAGGCCAGCCUGGGCAUCGCCGACCACAAGGAGCUGGGCAAAAUGAUGAACACCAUCAUCUUCCACACCAAGAUGGUGGACUCGCUGGUGGAGAUGCUGGUGGAGACCUCUGACCUCUCCAUUUUCUGCUUCUACAGCCGCGCCUUUGAGAAAAUGUUCCAGCAGUGCUUGGAGCUUCCCUCGCAGAGCCGCCACUCCAUCUGCUUCCCUCUGCUUUGCACGCACUUCAUGUCGUGCACCCACGAGCUGUGUCCCGAGGAGCGCCACCACAUAGGCGACCGCAGCUUGUCCUUGUGUAACAUGUUUCUGGACGAGAUGGCCAAACAAGCCCGAAACCUCAUCACCGACAUCUGCACCGAGCAGUGCACCCUCAGUGACCAGCUGCUCCCCAAACACUGCGCCAAGACCAUCAGCCAGGCCGUCAACAAGAAGAGCAAGAAGGCCACGGGAAAGAAGGGCGAGCCGGAGAGGGAGAAGCCGGGAGUGGAGAGCAUGAGGAAGAACCGACUACUCGUCACCAAUCUGGACAAAUUGCACACGGCCCUAUCAGAACUCUGCUUCUCCAUCAACUACGUUCCCAACUUGGCGGUGUGGGAGCACACGUUCACACCGAGGGAGUACCUCACCUCCCAUCUGGAGAUUCGCUUCACCAAGUCCAUCGUGGGCAUGACCAUGUACAACCAGACCACUCAGGAGAUCGCCAAGCCCAGCGAGCUGCUGACCAGCGUGCGGGCCUACAUGACGGUGCUGCAGUCCAUCGAGAACUACGUGACCAUCGACAUCACGCGGGUCUUCAACAACGUGCUGUUGCAGCAGACGCAGCACCUGGACAGCCACGGCGAGCCCACCAUCACCAGCCUCUACACCAACUGGUACCUGGAGACGUUGCUGCGGCAGGUCAGCAACGGGCACAUCGCUUACUUUCCCGCCAUGAAGGCCUUCGUCAACCUGCCCACCGAGAACGAGCUGACCUUCAAUGCCGAGGAAUACUCUGACAUCUCAGAGAUGCGCUCGCUAUCCGAGCUGCUGGGGCCGUACGGCAUGAAGUUCCUCAGCGAAAGCCUCAUGUGGCACAUCUCUUCGCAGGUGUCCGAGCUCAAGAAAUUAGUGGUGGAGAACAUGGAAGUGCUGACCCAGAUGAGAACCAGCUUUGACAAACCCGACCACAUGGCGGCGCUGUUCAAGAAGCUCACUUCGGUGGACAGCGUCCUGAAGAGGAUGACGAUCAUCGGAGUCAUCUUGUCAUUCCGCUCCCUGGCCCAGGAAGCGCUGAGAGACGUGUUAUCGUGCCACAUUCCCUUCCUGGUCAGCUCAGUGGAGGAUUUCAAGGACCACAUUCCCAGGGAGACCGACAUGAAGGUGGCCAUGAACGUCUACGAGCUAUCUUCCGCCGCCGGUUUGCCGUGCGAGAUCGACCCGGCCCUGGUGGUGGCGCUGUCCUCGCAAAAGACCGAGAACAUCAGUCCAGAGGAGGAGUACAAGAUCGCCUGUCUGCUGAUGGUGUUUGUGGCCGUUUCCUUGCCGACGCUGGCCAGUAACGUCAUGUCGCAGUACAGCCCCGCCAUCGAAGGCCACUGCAACAACAUCCACUGCCUGGCCAAAGCCAUCAACCAGAUCGCCGCCGCGCUUUUCACCAUCCACAAAGGAAGCAUCGAGGACCGCCUCAAAGAGUUCUUGGCUCUGGCCUCGUCCAGCCUUCUGAAGAUCGGCCAGGAGACGGACAAGAUGACGACGCGCAACAGAGAGUCGGUUUACCUGCUGCUGGACAUGAUUGUGCAGGAGUCCCCCUUCCUGACCAUGGACCUGCUGGAAUCCUGCUUCCCAUACGUGCUCCUGCGUAACGCCUACCACGCCGUCUACAAGCAGAGCAUCAGCGCCAACGCGUGAAGGCGCCCGUCUGCUUCCUCAGUCCUCUAAAACGACGCCUCCGCCACGCCGCAGUGUUUUCCCGCCUAUUUGCGAUUGGCUGUCCUCCGUGAUUUGAUGACGAACUCGCCUUGAACCAGCCUAAGAUGCCGCAGCAUCACAAACGCACACCCUGAAAAUGUAGAUGGUGGCCUCUUGGUGCCAAGAAAUUACAUGGAAGUGAGGUGAGGAGCUUCUGCUUUUGGAAAAAUAGUGCUUUAGCACCAUCUUGUGGCGUCGCUGGGAAAUUGUAAACCUUCCUGCGGGGCAUGGUUUCCAGGCAGACUUUCACGAUUGGCAGCAGGGCUCCGUCCUUCGCCCACAUGACUUUUUACUUUUACAACGGGGCUGACAGGAGCUCCUCCUCAAAUACACUACUUUUAUCUAAAAGGGGGACCUCGACUCCCUUCGACAAUUUUUGUUGAGGGGACUUGAUGUUCCCCGAUGCCACAAAAUGGCGUCAAAGCGUCUAAAUUAAGCUCGCCACUUUGCAAUAAGCGACAAGAGGGUGGCAAACCACCAAUGUUGUCUCAGUGAAGCUGCUCAACCCACUUCAAUGCCACAUAUGACGACACAAAAAAUGAGUGAGGUGAGCGAUUUUUUUUGUUUGUUUUUUUGAAGAAACUAACAAGGGAUAAAUUCACCCCAAAAAUCUGUAAACACGCAAAUGUGUGAAUGCUGCACCGCAACUAUUUGUGGAUUCACUGUAAUGCUACCAAGUAAAAAAAAAAAAAUACACGCGUACCUAUGCUGGCUGAGCGACCAACAACUGACACACACACACACUAGCUGGAUGAAGUUGGGGAUCAGUCGACACUUUUUUGGUUUUAUUCCUUUUUAUUUUUUUUAAAUAUUAUGUCAUGCUGUUGCUAGGCGGACCCCAGCCGCGGCAACACGAAAAACAAACUCGAGCGUUGGCUGGUUUGUUAUGCGAGGACAAAAAAAAAUUAUAAAUAUAUAGUAUAUAUAAAUAUACAGUAUAUAUAUUGAGUUGACACUAAACUAUUUGACGGCUUGUAUGUGUUGGUGACGGAUUUGGAUGAUUUUUCUUCCUUGAUGUUUUUCAUUUUUGCUCGAGGAGGGCGGCCGACGUUUGCUUGCCGUUUGUGUAUCGAUGACACGGACAGUCCAAUCAUUUCGCCGCCUCGUCACAUUUCACAGUCAAAACACUCACGCGCGCAUACACUUGUAACAUGGUGAUUUUUUUUUGGGGGGGUGGGGGCUUCUUUUCUAGCUAGUGGUGACAUGAACUCUCUGGGUUACAUUCAAAAAGAAAACCAAAAAAAAGGUUUUUGACGUGAACUCAACUGGUCUGUUUUUACAUUUUCUUAUUUUUUUUUUUUCAAUUUGCCAAGCGUGUUAACAACACUACAUAAUAUGUUUGUGUGCGAGAGGGACGGGGGAGGGAGGGAUCGGGGAUCAUGCAUUCUGUAACAUAGUACCAGGAAGCCCUCGGCUGCUCUCGAAUCAUGGUUAAUAAAGUACAAGUGAACAUGUCUUCAUCCGUC